CGUACGUGCGCGUUCUCGUGUGCACUUUAGAACAAGUAGAGGACGACGGGCUUCAUCGAAGGCUUCGCUUCUGGUUGUCUCUACCUCUUUAAACCUAACUGUUAGUUACACUGUUACAAAUUUUUAAACCCAUAACCAUGAAACGGAGGGGGAACCCGUGGCUGUUCGCCGGUAUUUUGGUCGUGCUGUCGUGUUUUUACCGAGCUGAAGCUUCGACAGAUGCAACCAUCACUACCGAACCAGUGGAAGUGACCAACAAGACCGCUGCCACUCUCAGCUGCAACCUUACCAACCCCUCUACUAUCAUCAAAGGCCAUUAUUGGGCAAAGAAUGGCAAGCCUAUUGAUACUACUAACUCAAAGACUUCUGAACCCUACACACAAUACACAAUUGAGAAAAUUGAUUACCAUUCAGCUGGCAUGUAUUCCUGUGUCUUCUUAACAGAGCCACCGUUCAAUGCCACAAUUGAAGUCAAAGCUCAACCACAUGUAGGGGCAUAUAAACACUCAGAGUAUGGAAAUGAAAAUGACGACGUCGCUCUAGUGUGUGUGGCACAUGGGUACCCACUUCCUACAGACUGGGCUUGGUCUAAACUUGAUCCUAAAGAUGAGUCUAAGAUCGCAAUAUCCAAUGGCACCAGUGCAAAGUAUGAGAUCAAGAACACCCCCAACAAGACCACGCUCUAUGUGAAGGAGUUGGACAUGGAAAACGACAUGGGCACCUACAUGUGCCAAGGCCUUAGUGAUCAGGGAAAAGCUGAGGAUAAGAUCCAGCUGCGUGUGCGCAGCCGCCUGGCCGCUCUUUGGCCUUUCCUCGGCAUCGUCGCCGAGGUCAUUGUUCUAGUCGCCAUCAUCUUCAUCUAUGAGAAGAGGAGAAAGCCUGAUGAGAUCAUUGAUGAUGAUGACUCAGGAUCUGCCCCACUGAAGAGCAACUCCGCCACGAACCACAAAGACAAAAAUGUCCGGCAAAGAAACUCCAACUAAGAAAGGAGGAAAGUAUCCUGAUGACUACUGCUGAAAACAAGCAGCGUGGCUGAAUAGCGCAUUGUGCGUGCAAACCCCCUGCGAUUUCUAAACAACCCUAUGCUUGAGUGUAAAUGUUCUGAGAUAUAAGUGAUCUUUUUUUAGUUUUAUUCCUAACUGUGUUUGUGCUGCCAGCAGAUAUUUUAAGGUGGUUUUGGGGGGGAGGUGGGGCAGUUGCAUGAUUGUAUUCUUGAUGUAGAUGUGUUUAGUGAAAAUCUCAAUGUGGAAAUGGAACAGUUUUUCUUUUCUUGUCUUGUCUUCUUUAAUUUCUAAAAACCGAACACCGUUUGACAACAUUAUCGAAUUACAAUGUCCAGUUUUUGCAGAUAGGUUGUGUAGCUGGGUAGCUAAAAACAAUGGCUAGGAGGUUCUUCCCUUCACUCAUUUUAGCAGAUUUUUUUAUUUUGUAAGCCUUAAUGUCUAGUAAUCAAAAUUGAUCUCUCUUUUUUUUUUUUAAAGUGCACUAUUCCACGUAAAUGGGUGAAUUUUUUUUAGUUCACAGUUUGUCAAGCUAACCAUUUUCCAUUAAACAUGUUGAUUUUUCAAUGUCUAUUUUUUGCACCACCACAAACUAACCAUAGAGGACCAAGUGCUAACUAGGUGUUUCCUUUGCUACUAGGUUAAUCAAUUAUGCAUCGCUACCCAAAUUUUUAAAGCAACACUGAGGAGAAUGAGAUGAUGGCUAUGAUCUUUUUAGAUGUAGUCAAUGGAAGUGUUAUUUAGUAAAGGCUUAUUUUGUUGCUCACCUAUAGACUGUUCAGAAGUCAUGCUUAAUACAUUGUGAAGUAUAGUGUCUGGAUGUUUGCUAGUUCAAAGAUACUCAAAAGACAUACACGUGUAUAAAUUAUUUUGCCUUAGUGUUUUAGGAAAAUCUAAUGCACUGUCAAAUGUACUGACUUGCACAUCUAAAUAAAACCUAUUUGAUUUUAA